GCAGGCGGUGGAAGGCUGUGCUGUGACAGCAGCAGUUUCAUAUUUCGAUUGUAUAGUGAGCGGUAUUAAUUUUGGUCUCGCUGUUCGAAAAGAAUAUUCGGUUAGGCAACAAUUUUAUUCUGUUUUGGCCGUUUUGACAUUAACGAUGCAAGUUUGUUCCCCGUAAUGGAUUCAACCAACUUGACAAAGUCCCACAAGGUUUCGAAAGGAUCGUCUUUCAAUCAACAGAACCAGGACGAAGGUGGUAAUGAAAAUCAAUACUUUUACGAGGACGAAAUUUUUUGCAUCGACGGCCGUGGCCGAGUCAAGUUCGGUUUGGUGCUGGAAAAUUUCGAGGUUAGUGAAGAGGAAGGCUUCGAAGAAGACACACUGAAGAAAGGGGAAAUUCGGGCCUGUUGGCACCCGGAUGGCCACGAGGAGAUCGUGAACCAACAGAAGGUUGGACUGGCCGAUAGAACGCUCAUGCCAGGUGAUGUCGUUCGGAAGUUAGUUCCAGGAAAAGAUACCCAACGUGGAUAUUGUCACGAAAUUUUCGUUAAAGCAGAUGUAAAGAUAGCAGGAUCCAAAUAUGUGAUUAAAAACGUAUCUUCAGAUCGACUGCGGCCUCUGAUGACUAUGCCGAAAGAUAAUGCAGUUUGUCUCGAUUCGUGGGUUGGUAGCACUAAGAAUGUCAAUGAAAAGUUGGUGCUUAAAUCGCAGUGCGGCUCUCUGGUGGAGAUCUGUCCGGACAUAGAUUUCUGCACGUUAAAGGAUACCGACACCCGAUCCCAUUGUGGUUAUUUUUCUGGAACACUUUUUUAUCCGGGUCAAACCCUAAUUGGCUCGAUCAGCGACUUGGAUAAUGCGAAAUGGCUAAACACAUCGGCCGAGAUGAAACUCAACCGGAAGCACAAAAUGGUUGAUCGCAAGUUUACGGUACAAACUGUUGAAAUUGAAGGCGUUUGGGUGCAUUGGCAGUGCAAGGCGUCCUGUGAAGAUGUUGAAGCGGAGAUGAAGAAAGGUGGGAUACAGCAGCCUCCGGACUAUGUUGCAGGAGAUGACCUGAAGCGUCUUAAGAAGUUGAAUUUAUUUGAAUCUUGCAUGCUCCAGAUAAACGAUAAAAAUUAUCUUACAAUCGAGUCGGGAGACACAUUUUGCAGGAAGAGUCAAUGGAGAAAGGAACUAAGCUCAAAAUACAUCAAUAUGAUUGGUAGCGUAGGAUGCAACAAGAACGAAGCAGGAAAUGAAAAUGUGAUCUGUGAUAAUGAAAGCCAUAAAAUAACUGUUACGAGUACGGGUGAAAGUGGAUCGCGGGAUAAGGUGGAAACGGACCGAGCCAAGCUGUGUCCAUCAGCGUUGAAAGAGAUUGUUAAAACAUGUAAAUCGCGUCGCAACUCGCCUAGGCGAUCGAAUGCUAGCGCAGUAGCAUCAGCUUGCAAAUUGGCCGAGAGCGACGAGUGGCAAACUGAUUUGGAAGACGAAAAGUACGACGAUGUAGACGGUUGUGAUUCGACUGUUUCCGAUGGAGGUUGCAGCACUAUAUCCUCAUCUUGUUCAAGUACUGCUACUCCGAAAAGUAGCCCUAAGAAGUCCCCAUUGUUAGCAAAGAAAAUUCGGAAAUUGAAGAAAAGAGCCACAUCGGCUAGUGGCAGCUCUGACCGUUUCCCUUCUCCUGGAGAUGAAGUAAUAACAGAAACCCUAGUCGUGUACAGUUCCGCGACAGUUGUUUGGCAGGAUGGUACGAUCGAAACUAACAUUCCGUCUACGGAUUUGUGUCCCAUACAUCAUCUCGACGACCAUGAGUUUUUUCCUGGGGACUUUGUGCUUGCAGGGAAUACUGAUAUGUCACACAAUCCUUCAUUUCGCGACUAUGGAGUCAUUCAGAAUGUUGACCAUCAUGGUCGAACAGCGAAGGUUAAAUGGUUUAGUACGUACACGUGUUUAGAUGAACCACAGCCGACCUAUAACGGAGAGUCGGAAGUUAGUGUGUACGAUUUGAAGGAUCAUCCUGAUUUUCAGUAUCGACCCGGUACGAUUGUCAUUCGAGUGGCGAAUUUUAUCGGCGAUGACUCUAAUUGCAGUGCCGGGCAGGUGAUCGAUAACUAUCCCAACGGUAUGGUUAAAGUUUGGUGGGUUGAUGAUCAUGUUAGUAUGUGCUGGCCGCAAGAUAUAUUUGAAGUUGGUCAGUAUGAUUCGGAAAAUAAUUUUUGGGGAAACGAUUCCGAUAACAAUUCUUGGGAAACAGAGGAUGAAACGUCCGAACUAGGUGGCCUUUCGCCCCAGCGCGUCUCAAAGCCAAAGCUUGCAGCAAAUCUGGAGAGAGCUCGUGUAGCAAUGGCUCGUUUGGAAGAGCUCUUCAUCAUCAACCCUCACCUGCAAAAUCAAGAAAUCAUGAAGAAGCUUUUGAUGGUGUACAAGAAGUGCAGAUAUUUGGACCGAUUAAUGCUUACUUCAUUUUUUCACGAAGACCACUUCAUGGGUUUGGUAGAAAGGGUUCGUAAGUCAAACAAUCAAACUACGGCGGAACGUGUGCUGGAUCAAAAAAAUAGACUUUUUAAUCAAAGUGGUUCAAAGACGACUACUCCUACGGCAGAAAGUCCCAACGCAGAACAGAAACUGCCUUCAACCAGCAGUCACAGUCUUUCAUCUAGUGGCGGUGUAAGUGCUUCAAGAAAGUCAUUUACCACGAACCAUGCGUGCACUAUGAACACGUCAUUAUCGUUGAAAUUCCCAGCGGGAAAUAAUAUUUCUACGUCAUCGGACAUUUCCAGUAUUGAAGAGAAUCAUCCAACCGCCACAGUUGGUUUCAGGACGGUUCAGUCUGCUUGCACCGCUGCUGAAGAUUCUGGAAAUUUCUCCGUCAAAAGUGAUGGUGACAAUGCAAGUAGCAAACUUGGCGCUCAUGAAAGUGGCAAUGAUUCUUUACUUAAUGCCGAACUGGAUAAUGUUAAUAAUGUUUACAUGAACAUGUGUGAUGAUAUGAACAACACUAGCUCUGUAUUCAGUUUUCCUCCACAAACAAAUAACGUUUCUGCAAAGCUUUGUUCCCUCAUCAAAGCGCAAUUAGUGAAGGCAUUACAGGAGAUCAAUCAACGCUAUGGUCAAGCUGAUCCUUUCAAAGAAAUCAUCAUCGAAGAAAUACACAUAACACCACCACCCUAUUCUUCACGGCCGCCUUCAUCUACUCCGUCCCAACAGCAGUCUGUUGUGAAUACACCAACAGCAGACCAUGAAUUCUGCGGCUCGGUAGAAGGUUUUGCUUCCCUGCCGGACACUAACAAUGAGUUCAAUUUCGUCGAAAGCUUCCAAGUGCUAGAAACGGCGCCGAGCAGUCACAAGUACCAUUUGACAGUAUUCCAAACUAACAAUGCCCAAAGUUUCUACAAAGCAAUCCAGCGCGAGCAUAAACUGUUAAGAACCGCUCUGCCGCCUGGGGUGUGGGUCCGCACGUUUGAAGACAGGCUCGAUUUGCUGAGCGUCAUGAUCGAAGGCCCGAAGAAGACCCCAUACGAAGACGGUUUGUUCCUGUUCGACAUCCAACUUGGCCAGGAGUAUCCCACAGCUCCUCCCCUGUGUCACUAUAUCAGCUACUGCUCGGACCGCUUAAAUCCAAAUCUGUACGAAGAUGGCAAAGUUUGUGUGUCUUUGCUGGGUACCUGGUCAGGCAAGGGAACGGAAAUGUGGGGACCGAACAGUACCCUACUGCAAGUGAUCGUUUCGAUACAGGGUUUAAUUUUAGUGGAUGAACCGUAUUUUAAUGAGGCUGGCUAUGAAAAGCAAAGAGGCUCUCAACAAGGAGGGGAGAAUUCUCGCAUGUAUAAUGAAAUGGUGCUACUUAAGUUGGUGCAGUCGAUGUCGAAACUGAUUGUCAAUCCGCCGGAAAUUUUCAGUGAGCAAAUUUUGGCACACUUUCGAGAGCGCGGCAGAAAAAUGUUCCUGAGAAUCAAGAGCUGGAUGGAUUUAUCCAACGAGGCAAACAAAGCGGCGAGUACUGGAACACCUGCAUUGAUCGCCAGCAAAACACCUGUCCAAUCUUCCUCGGUGCCGACAGUAUCUACUGCAUCACCGCCCGAUGUGUUGAUAGCAUUGCCGGAGUUUCCGCUGAUCCCAGCCAGCCGAGGAUUCUGUCUCACCCUAGUCGGUUUGUUGGAAAACUUUCAAAAGACGCUGGACUCUGUCGGCAGCGAAUAACCGAAGCUUGGAGUAACGUUCCCACCGCCGCCGUUUCGCGAAAUUUCCCUGUAGUAACUAACCAUCACUCGGAGUGGUGUGGUUUAUAGUUUACAUGAGUUGUUGAAUAUUUUUAGUAAAUUCUUACGUGCGUAUACCGAUUAUCUCGCUGCAAAUGCCUAAAACGUUGGUUGCAUUUUUAAUUUUUCUGUUUGAGUAUUAUUACAAAAUACUGCAAAAAGCUUCAAAUGUGAAUCUUUGAAAGUACUGACAAGAUGCACAGCGUGCUAAAGGUUUUAAGCGGUUGAUGGUUUUAUUGCACAUCGCAAAGUAUUAUAAUUUGUUCUCAAUGUUGUUAAUUGCAUAUUUCUUCGUAUGUGCUAGGUAUUCUGUUCGUAUUCAAUGAAUGCGGCCUAUAAAGAUAUUACUUAAUUCAACAUUUAGGUUAAAGCAAUAACAACUAACCACGUAAAAUGCUGUGCCUAUAUAGAAAUCAAUUGAAUAUUUGAAAACAUAAGGUAGAAAUAAAUACAUGCUUUAACAAUUUCAUCUUGUAUGAUUGUAAAAUUAUUUUACUAGGGACAUUUGUGCGCAGAAUUCGAGCGGAAGCCAUAGCAGACUAUGGUAAGGAGUGACUUGAAAAACAGACAGAUUUGAGAAGGAACGUGUAUCAACUAAAAUGUCGUCGUUUUUUUUUAUUCAGAGCAACAGUUUUGGAAGAUUAGAAUGUCAUAGAGUGAGACAAGUAUUUGUGAUGUGGCGCGUUCGUGAACAGUAACUCCAUUUGAUAUGUUUCAAUCAACAACAAAAUCUCAAGAUUUUUUAUGUUUAUACAACUUUUCGUCGAAUUCAAAAUGUUAGUCUAUAUCGUUUACUCGUUUUUGGUCUGGAAAAAAAUGAAGGAGCUCAAGGGGUAUGAUCAAAAAUUAAUUGCGGUUUUACCCAUCGAGACAGAAACUCAGUGUACACCGCGUAUCGUGUGGCAUGUCCCUGUGCUGAGGCUUUGGAACCAAGCUGAUUCAUAGGUGUAGUAGCAUAUUCCAUUGAGCUACGUAUUAACAAACAGGCGAAUCGAUGCCAAACUUUGUCCAGUUUAAGAAAGUUACAUUGCGCUGUCUCAGUAGGUUUUGGUUUGUUCUUUGGAUACCUCUAUUGGCUAUUAAACAACCAAGAAUUAGUCCACAAAACUAAUCGUCAUCGUAAUAAAAAUUUUACAGUUCACUGUUAUUGAAAGCUUAACUGAAGCGAUACUAUAUCAACAAAAAUCAAUGCAUCAAGCACAAUGGCAUUGAAUAAACUAAAAUGCGCGCCUGCUCUUUACGAUGUAGCUCCUAACUAGUAACCGCACAGAAUUGAUAGCGAAUAAAUAACUGGUUUAUGAA